GACAGUCUACGAGUUGUAACGAGUUCAGCCGAUUGUUGUCGAUGUUGUAUCCGUAUAAGCAUUAACCGAAAGCUAGCUUGAAGCUAGCUGUCGAGCUAAAAGGUUCACUGUUUUGGUAUUGUAUUUGUGGCCUUUUCAUUAAAUCUGCAGAUCGAUCCACGAGUGAAACGUUACUGGUCUCCCAUAAUGGACAGCGAAAUGUCUGAUAUUGACCAUGCACCAGGGCCUGAGACCAGCAGCAUGGAGGGGGAGAACGCACCUCUGUACUGUAUCUGCCGGAAACCAGACAUCAACUGCUUUAUGAUUGGCUGUGAUAACUGUAACGAGUGGUUCCAUGGCCACUGCAUUAACAUCACAGAGAAGAUGGCCAAGGCAAUCCGGGAAUGGUAUUGCAUGAGAUGCAGAGAUAAAAACCCCACACUGGAAAUAAAAUAUAGAUCAAAGAAAACCAGAGAGAAGGAUGCUGAGGUUGACAGAGGAUCUGACAAACAGUACAGCACCCCGAGCACUCCUGACUAUAAGAGUGAAAGGCGGCGUGGAUCUAAAGUGAAGCGUUCGGUCCGAAUGUGUGGGGAAUGUGAGCCCUGCAGAAGGACGGAGGACUGUGCUCAGUGUGACUUCUGCAAGGACAUGAAGAAGUUUGGAGGCCCAAACAAAAUCAGACAGAAGUGCAGAUUCAGGCAAUGUGAGGUCCGAGCCAGGAAAAUGCUGCGUGUGAAGGAUGAAGAACUAUCUUUGCAAGAAAGGAGGGAUAAUUCCUACCACAGACGAAGACGAUAUUCUGAGGACUACGACAGUGAGGCGGAGCUCUACCAGCAGUACAAGGCAGCAGGGAUGAACAACAGCAUGGGCUGGAAUAGUGAUGAAGAUGAUGAGCCACCUUUUAGUCCCGUCAUGCGUAAAAAAGCUGUGAAGGUGAAGCACGUAAAGAGACGAGAAAAGAAGUUUGACAAGAAAUCUUCCUUUGUCUCUAUCCAGAAGGAGUCACGACGCCACAAACAGAAGCAGAAGCACAAGGACAAAACCAAAUACAGUGAGAAGGGCGAGCUCCGGGAUAACACCGGCCAGCGUCAGUGUCUGGGGCCAAGCUGUGUGGAGGCAGCAAGAACCAACUCCAAAUACUGCUCUGAGGACUGUGGCAUGAAGUUAGCUGCCAACCGGAUCUAUGAGAUCCUCCCUCAGCGUAUCCAGCAGUGGCAGCAGAGUCCGUGCAUCGCUGAGGAGCACGGUAAGAAGCAGCUGGAGCGAAUCCGUCGGGAACAACAGAACGCCCGGCUGCGCCUCACAGAGAUGGAGCGACGCUUCCACGAACUGGAAGGCAUCAUCGCCAAGGCCAAGCAGCAGGCGGUCCAGCAGGACGAGGAGGUGAAUGAAGGUGACAGCGAGGACACAGACCUGCAGAUUUUCUGUGUGUCUUGUAGUCAUCCCAUCAAUCCAAAAGUGGCGCUGAGACAUAUGGAGAGAUGUUACGCAAAGUAUGAGAGUCAGACGUCCUUUGGUUCUAUGUACCCUACGAGGAUAGAAGGAGCAACCAGACUCUUCUGUGAUGUGUAUAAUCCUCAAAGCAAAACUUAUUGUAAGAGGCUUCAGGUUCUGUGUCCCGAACAUUCCAGAGAUCCAAAGAUCCCAGUGGAUGAGGUGUGUGGAUGUCCUCUGGUGAAGAAUGUGUUUGAGCUGACUGGAGACUACUGCAGGGUCUCCAAAAGAAAAUGCAACAAACAUUACAACUGGGAAAAGCUUCGUAGAGCAGAGGUGGACUUGGAGCGAGUCAGAGUGUGGUACAAGUUGGACGAGCUCUUUGAGCAGGAGCGUAAUGUGAGGACUGCCAUGACCAACAGAGCCGGUCUGCUCGCCCUGAUGUUGCACCAAACUAUUCAGCACGACCCCAUGACGACCGAUCUCCGUAGCAACAAGGAUCGGUAGUCGUCCUAGUCUGUAACUGUUCUCAGAUCUUAGAUCGCUGUAUGUAAUGUGAGAUUUUAAUGUUAAGGAUUUAAACGCAAACUACCAUUUGGGUGAAAACUAAUUUUCUAACUUGAUAAUUAUUUUAAAAUCUUUGUAUGAUAAUUAUCUCUAAAAGGUAAAUGGAUAUAUAUUUUUCCUGACUGGGUUAGAUAAAAUGCUGCUGAUUGAAAACGGCUCUUUUUGGUAUGAUUGCCCUGAAUAAACACCUUAAACUUC